AUGCUAAAUCAAAACAUAAUUCGUCCCUCUGUUUCGCCUUGGAGCGCCCCUGUAUGGGUAGUCCCGAAAAAAUUAGACGCUUCUGGCAAAAGAAAGUGGAGAAUAGUCAUUGACUAUCGCCAUCUUAAUGACAUCACAGUUUCAGAAAGUUAUCCCCUGCCUCUUAUCACUGAUAUCCUAGACCAAUUAGGCCAUUCCAAGUAUUUCACAACCCUUGAUCUUGCUACCGGUUUCCACCAAAUAAAGAUGGAUUCUAAAGAUGCCCCAAAAACGGGAUUUACUAUAAGUACUAAUUCGAGCAUGUCUGGUCACUACGAAUUCACUAGAAUGCCCUUUGGUUUAAAAAACGCUCCUUCUACCUUCCAGCGCCUGAUGAAUACUGUCUUAUCAGGUUUGCAAGGUCUACACUGCUAUGUUUAUCUAGAUGAUUGCAUAAUUUAUAGUCAUAAUUUAAACGAACAUAUGGAAAAAUUAAAACUAGUAUUCAAUAAACUGCGCGAAUACAAUCUAAAAUUGCAACCAGAUAAGUGCGAAUUUUUAAGACGUGAAGUAACUUAUCUUGGUCAUAUUAUCACCGAUAAGGGUGUCUCUCCUAAUCCAGAAAAAGUAAAAGCAGUGUCACAAUUUCCAAUUCCUAAAAGCCCUAAAGAAAUUAAAUCCUUCCUAGGCCUAAUAGGCUAUUAUCGCCGAUUUAUUGAUAAUUUUUCUAAAUUGACAAAACCACUUACUUCUUUAUUAAAAAGGAAUAUUACUUUCCACUGGUUUCAAGAACAACAAAUUGCUUUCGAUGUUCUGCUCCGCUGCUCCAAUAUCCAGACUUCUCUCAACCGUUCAUAG